AUGCAAUCUAAGAAGGCCAAUGUACCCGAAGUCGACUGUCUCCAUUCUAAGGUUGAUGUGAGGAUUCAGGCCAUUCAGGUGAACCCUAUGGCAACUGAGUUUGUGUUCAAGACCCAGACCGGGAAAUCCAGUGAUAAGAGAAUGACUUAUAAAACAUACAAGCAAAUUUUGAAUGCUGAAUCCCAGGCUAAUUAUCCCCCGGAUGCAGUUCUUUUCCACUCCAUUCGCGCACCACCAAGUUUACGGCCGGCAAUGAAGGUUUCCGAUAUAAGUGGUAUACCUACCGCUUACACAGAACCGAACACACGGUUGAACUACGCCACCGUGGACGAAUUCAACACAAUCCGAUACUUACCCCAAGAAGUAGUGAAUAGUUAUCUAGCUCUUCGUGGCGUUGUCACCAACUGAUCUUUGUUAUACGUGGCGCCUUUGCAAUCUUGUAUAACUAUUUUUGAUGCAUCUUAUUUGGCUACAGAAUAUUUUCUUGGAAAAAUAAACACGUGUCCCUACUUUUACACCUGUGUGCAAGGUUGUGUUCACUCACUUCUGUCGACCUUCCCUUUUCUGGGAUGUGCUGAAUUCCGAUCGGUUAAUCGUCACUUGUGAAUGAAUUUGUG